AGAGAGGACACCGUUACAAUGAAUGAGGAACCAGUUACAUUGAUGCAAGAGUGAUUAUGUCUUUCAAUCUCAGAACAACACAUCGAAAGUAAUCAACGGAAAAGUCCCACUUUCGGAACAGCGAUGUCAGAACAUAAGAGAAUGUCUUUCUGCAUAACUGCAAGUCUAUUUAUAGCUUUAAUUUCACUCGCGAUCGCAAACUCAUCAGUCAAUGAUCAGUCAUCAUCACAUCACAUCGGUCAUAAUAACAUCAAUUCUGCGCAAACCCGGAGCAAAGCACAGAGACAAAGACCUCAGACCAACACUACACGAAUACAAAUUGAUUUAAAAGGACCCAACGUUUGUGGCACCAGGUGUUGCCUUUCAUGGCUAAUCAACCCCAAGACCGGACAAUGCACCAAACCAAGAUGUCAUCCCCGAUGCCAUAAUAAAGCGAUUUGUCGUCGGCCGAACAUCUGUCAGUGUCGUCCUGGUUUUCACGGUCAUCGCUGUGAGCACACUAAUGUUUCCUCAACUCCAAGCUCCUUGUUUGAAGCACAGCUUGGUCCCACCGUACCCUCAACUACUGCCACACCAGCAGUCACUGCAGUCUUCACCACCGCCCACCAGAAUGUCUCCAUGUUUGACUCGGACCGAGCUCCAAGAGGUGCCAACCCAGAUGUCUGGAAGUCGUAUUCGUUACAGUGGCAACCGCUCAAGUUAGAGGAGGCUCAGUCAGCCGUACUGAAGAAAGCUCUGACCAGUAAAACUGCUGGGGAGAAGAUCACAGGACUUAUACUAAAAUACAUUGAAUCAGAGCGAAGUAAACUACAGUCCUCCACUUCUACCCAAGUCACAACAGUCUCCAGCACAAAGACCUUCCACACACAACGGGGCCAGUACACCCUCAUCAUCACAGCAGUCAACGCUCAGCUGUCAUCCGGCCAACAUUCGCCCGGAGUCAUCCGCAGGGGUGCGGAGCGGAUCCAGGUUAUGUUCACCCCCACCAUCUGCAGAGUGCGCUGCACGCAUGAACGCUGCACCAACUACUGUGAGCAGGGAAAUGUCACCACUAUCUACAACAGUGAGCAGGGACGACAACCGGUACCCGGAUCUGGCUUUAGAGCUUACGUGUGUCCUAUGUUGUGUAAGAAUGGGGGUGUGUGCAUUCAGAAGGACCGGUGUCUGUGCCCACCCAACUUUACUGGGAAAUUCUGCCAAAUCCCCGUCGCUUCUGGUUCUUCCACCAAUGAUGUUGACAAACCACUGUCAGAUGCUGCCGAUUCAGCCAAUCACCCCAUGACCUCUGAGUACAUGCUGCCACUGCAGACUCCUGAGCAAACCAACACCAAUGGGUCCCCCAUGGUGAAGGUAAGAGUCCAGCACCCUCCAGAGGCCAGUGUUAAAAUCCACCAGGUGUUAAAGGUGGGUUACGGACCCGUCGUGCGCCAGCAGUCCGACACUGUCACCCGGUCCGCAGGGCUUUCCGGUGCUCGCACGCACCAUCUUCCAGGGGAGAGAGCAGAGGCCCCGCCCCCACAGAUACAAGCCCAGACCAUACGUGGAGAUUCAGUGUAUACCGAAUCAUCUGGAUUUAAAUACUGCUUCAGAGAAAUCCGCAAUGGACAGUGCAGUUCUCCUCUGCCUGGUCUGCGGAGUCAAGAGAUGUGCUGCCGGGGGAUCGGGAAAGCCUGGGGUAUCAACGAAUGCACGCUUUGCCCAACAGGCUCAGGAAACAGUGUGAAUGGACAGGGGAGUUGCCCGAAAGGCUUUGAGAGGGUCAACGGGACGCAGUGUCAGGAUAUUAACGAGUGUUUGCAGCCUGGUUUCUGUGAGAAUGGGAAUUGUGUUAACACCCGGGGGACCUACAGUUGUGUCUGCAAAGCGGGCUUCUUGUUGGACGCCUCUCAAGGGAUCUGCAUCUCACAGAAGGUGAUCUCUGAGGAGAAGCACCAGUGUUUCCGCAUCGUAAAUCAGGGUUCCUGUUCGCUACCCAUCCUGAGGAACAUCACCAAGCAAAUCUGCUGCUGCAGUCGAGUUGGCAAAGCCUGGGGGAAGAAGUGUGAGUUAUGUCCUUACUUUGGCUCAGCUGCUUUCAAAGAGAUCUGUCCUGCUGGACCAGGUUACCAUUAUUCUGCCUCAGCCGUCAAGUUAAACCAGAAGCUAACGGAUAUGCUCAACACUGGUGGGCCGCCUUUGGUCUCCGAGAACGUUCGAACGUCCACUCUUAACAUCGGACUCCAACCUGCAGGUCCUGAAAUCUCAAGAACACACACAAAUGCACAGGCCACCAGAGGCCAGCAACCUCCACAACUGUCCAACACACAAACCAUUAGAGUCCAACAACCAGUGAUCACUCCAUCAAGACCAGUCCAACCUCCACAAUCCACUUCAGUUAUUGUUCAAACGCCACCAAAACCAAACCUGUCGACAGGAAGCGGGUCUCAAACCACUAAUGCCAGACCUCAGCAGCCCAACAUCCGUCCUGGCAGCGACACCACUGCAACCAGCCAGCCUACUAGAGUGAUCACACCUGUUGUCCGGACGUACACAAGCCGACCAUCUGGCAGGCAGCCAAUAUAUCCAGCCAGACCACUUCCUGUGCCAGCUACGCCCCGCCCACUUCCACCUAGACAAGGUGUGCGAGUAUGUGAAUCGAGACCUCAGGUGUGUGGACAGGGUCGCUGCGUUGACCAGCCAGGUGGCAGACACUCAUGUUUGUGCAAUACUGGAUACAUAUUCAAUGCACAGCAAGGUCGUUGCCAAGAUAUAAACGAGUGCCUGUUGACACCCAGGCCGUGCUCUGCAGGACAGUGUCAGAACACAGAGGGGAGUUUCCGCUGCGUGUGUCCGUCGGGAUACCAGACCAACACCCAGCAGAUCCAGUGCAUUGAUGUUGAUGAGUGCCGUCAGGUGCCUAACCCCUGUAAAAAUGGCCGCUGUGAGAACACACUUGGCAGCUUCAGAUGUGUGUGCAGAAUUGGAUACAAGCUACAGGAAAACAGCUGCUCAGACAUAGAUGAGUGUGUUGAUCCUCUACGGUGCUCUGGUCAGGAAUGUGUGAACACUCCGGGUUCCUUCCGGUGUAAUUCCUGUAAACCUGGCUUUGAUCUUCUCAACGGACAGUGUUCAGAUAUCGACGAGUGUCGUCGUACCCCGUCCCCCUGCGCUGACGGCCGUUGUGAGAACACUCCAGGCAGUUACAGGUGCUCGUGUCGAACAGGAUACAAGUUCCAGGACAACACCUGUGUGGAUGUGGAUGAAUGUCAGGACCCAUUACAGUGUCCUGGUCAGGAGUGUGUGAACUCUCAGGGUUCUUACAGGUGUGUGUCGUGCAGACCUGGGUUCGGUCCCAUCAAUGGAAGAUGUUCAGACAUUGAUGAAUGCCGUCAGACACCUUCUCCUUGUUCUAACGGUCUGUGCGAGAACACACCUGGCAGUUUCAGGUGUACCUGCAGGACAGGAUUCAGACAGCAGGGAGGCACAUGCAUAGAUGUGAAUGAGUGUGAAGAUCCAGCUCAAUGUCCUGGUCAGGAUUGUGUUAACACUCAGGGUUCCUAUAGAUGUGUCUCCUGCAGGCCUGGAUUUAGCCUAAGAAACGGCGCAUGUGCAGACAUCGACGAGUGUCGUGGGACUCCUUCACCGUGUGUUGACGGACGAUGUGAGAACACCGCAGGUAGCUACACCUGUCUGUGUCGGCCUGGCUUCAGAUUGGAUGGAAAUAUCUGCAGAGAUGUGAACGAGUGUGAAAAUGAACUUCAGUGCCCAGGGAAACACUGUGUGAACUCGGUUGGAUCCUUCAGUUGCGUGUCCUGCCAGCCGGGCUUCGAGGUUCUGAACGGCCAAUGUCAAGACGUCGAUGAAUGCGUCCGAAAUCCCUCGCUCUGCAACAACGGCCAGUGUAAGAAUACUCCGGGCAGCUAUAGAUGCGUUUGCUCUCUUGGUUUCCAGCUAAAGGACGGCGCCUGUGCAGACAUUGACGAAUGUUUGGACCCACUGCAGUGUCCCGGUCAGCAAUGCCUGAAUUCUCCGGGCUCGUACCGCUGUGUUCCCUGCAGAGAUGGUUACAGCAUGCAGAACGGACGCUGUGCAGACAUUGAUGAAUGUGCGAGCGGUCAGAUGUGUGGACCACAAAGCUUGUGUGUGAAUACAGACGGGUCUUAUCACUGCGACUGCCUACCAGGAUACAGAGCAGCUGCUCCCAGACGCCAAUGCCGAGACAUUAAUGAGUGUCUGGAAGGAGAUUUCUGCUUUCCAAGAGGAGAGUGUGUGAAUACAGAUGGCUCGUAUAUGUGCGUUUGCUCGCAGGGCUACAAGAGCGGCGUCAACGGGACGUCCUGCCAAGAUAUUGAUGAGUGUGCAAGAGAGGGAGUUUGCCAGGACGGCCGUUGCAGCAAUACAGAGGGAUCAUUCCUGUGCCACUGCAAAACUGGCUUCACCACUAACCCAGAGAGAACAGCCUGCCUGGAUCUGAAUGAGUGUUUGGACUCUGAGGGGGCCGUGUGUGGAUCCCAGCGCUGUGAGAACACCAUCGGCUCUUUCCACUGUGUGUCGUCCUGUGAGCCUGGAUACCACAUCACAGUCAUAGGAGAGUGUGUGGAUAUCAAUGAGUGUGCCAAUGCGACUGUGUGUGGGAAAAACUCCUAUUGUCAGAAUCUGAUUGGCACAUAUCAUUGCAUCUGUGACCGGGGCUAUGAGUCCACGGGCGAUGGGCAGGCAUGUGUCGACAUAAAUGAGUGUGAGAUGAUGGAAGGUGUGUGCGGAUCUGCGCGCUGCUGGAAUGUGGAGGGAAGUUUCACAUGCGAGUGUGAGAAUGCACAGGACGAAUAUAUCCCACAAGUACAGCGGUGUGAGAAGAGAGCGAGUGCAGCAGGAAGUUCAGGACAGCCGGACAGAGCUUCCUCUUCCACAGCUGUGCACGGAUCAGUUAGUUCUGGUACAGAGUCUGGUUCUCUUCCUCAAGCUCGUCCUGGAGAGCUGAGAGAGUGUUACUACGGCUUCUCUGAGCCCUACACUUGCAAGAUAUUGAGUCAGAACACCACGCUGCAAGAGUGCUGCUGUACGGCGGGCCAGGGCUGGGGUCUCCUCUGCCAGUACGACAUCUGCCCUGAACCUGGAACAGCGGAAUACCAGUCGCUGUGUCCCAACGGAAGGGGUUAUGUUACCGUGGAAACGGGACCUUUCAGCUAUAAAGAUGUGGAUGAAUGUAAGCUGUUUGAUCCGGAGGUGUGUAAGGGCGGCGUGUGUGUCAACAACAUUCCUGGCUACGCAUGUUACUGCCCCAGUGGAUUCUACCAUGACAUGGAGCUGAUGGAGUGUAUCGACAAUGACGAAUGUCAAAGUGAAGAUUCCUGUCCUGGUGGCAUCUGUGUGAAUACAUUAGGCACAUUUUACUGUACGUGUGAGCCCCCUCUAGUGCUGGAUGACACACAGCGCAGCUGCGUCAAUGCAAGUGACCUUACUGGGGAUGAGAAUUUAAAUUUCUGUUGGCGUCAUGUGACGGCGAGUCUGGUGUGUCAGAGCCCUCUGCUGGGAGUUCAGCUAACCUUCACUCAGUGCUGUUGUUUGUAUGGUGAGGCGUGGGGUCUGCAGUGCGCCCUCUGUCCCCGCAGAGAUGAAGAAGCACACGAGGCUUUGUGUAAUGAGCUGGGUCCUCCUCCAUAUUCUCCACGUUAUUAUGAGCGCUUCGGCCUGCUGCCUCCGCCUGUAAGAGAAGAAUACCUUCCACCUUACGACCCCCGUGAGUUUCCCGAAACUCUGCCAGGGCGUCCGGAGUACCUCCCUACCGAUUAUGAUGACUACAGCCCUGUAGGGGCAGGGGGGAGACUGUCUGGGCUGAGAGAAAGACCACCCACUUCAUAUGGACUCCCAGAUUCCCCCUAUAGACGGCCAUCGACUGGUGGAAGUCGUUAUUAUGAGGAAGACGAUUAUGAGACCGCCCCUGGUCCUCCUUUCGGGAUCCCCGAUCCUCGCAACGAACGGGCAUUCAAUGCACGACCCCCGCCAGCCCGCACAGACGGGCGCUCGCUGAACCUGGCCCCCCUACCUGAAAACUCCCCCUACCGUGAGGGUGAAGGGGAGGAGUCAUGGAGAGUCCCGCCCCCAUUCCCAAUCUUCCCUGACAGACGGGAGGGACCGCGGAGAAUCUAUGACCGGAGAUAUGAACCAUAUGGAAGUCUGAGUUCAGAGGAAUGUGGUAUCCUUCAGGGGUGUGAGAACGGCCGCUGUAUCCGUGUGGAUGAAGGAUACACCUGUGACUGUUACGAUGGUUACCAUCUUGACAUCACCACCAUGACUUGCAUAGAUGUAAAUGAGUGUGAGGAAGAAGACACAAUAGACUGUAAUAACGGUCGCUGUGUGAACACGGAGGGCUCAUACAGGUGCGUGUGUCUCAGGGGAUUCAUCAUGUCCCGAACACCCAACCACUGCAUCCCUGCUUGAGUGAACACACACACAAACCGAACAAAACACACAGUCACGUAAGUGUGAAAGCCGGACUGCCAAUCAUCUUACAGUUUGUAGAUUAGACUAUUCAUCAGGUCACUAUUCAUUUUUCUCUACAUUGUUGUAAAUUGUUACUUUAUUUACAAUGUUUGUAUCAUAAGACCGAAUCGUUACACAUUAUAACACACAUGAAAGACUUGGAUACUGUGGGAAAGUGAUGUGGCUUUAAAUAAACUUGGUUAUGUUUGUUCUGAAUGAGGCUACAGUAGAUAAGCUUAAAUGACUAAGAUAAAGAUGAAACCACAUCAUGCAGAAGCACUUUUGAAACCUAACUUCUGUACGGUUUACUCCCAUUUUAGUAUUUAUAUACCCAUAUCAAUGAAGGCAAUCUCAUGUAUCCUGUAUAAAUAUUUUUACAGUACAUGAUUUUAUAUUUUUGUCUUGUAACUUUGGUGUCUGAGAAUCCUCCUGUUAUUAUUUGUUACUGUAAACGUUUUCGUUUGUUUACUUUAAAUCUAGUCUUCUGCCUCGCCACAAAUCUUACUUCAUGUAACAGAAUGCACUGUAUUUGUGGGGGAAAUGCAGUUGUGUGAGCUUUCACGCAACUACUAUUGUAAAUUUUUUUUAAAGACUUCUUAGAUAUUUGUUACAGUACAUAUUUUUCUGUAUGGUUUUGAUAUCUGCUACUGUUUGUUUGAAAAAAAUAUAUUUGCACACAUUCUAUUGUA